AUGUCGUGGAUCCUUGCGCUUCUCCUUCUCUUCAGAGCCAGCGCUGACGAAGCCACGGACGAGCUUCAGACGAAGACCCUUUUGGAAGCUGAAGAUGCUGCGCUGCAUUUGCUGCAGGCGAAGGGUGUGAAGCAGAGUGAGAAUGUGAGUCAAGUGGACGAGCGCAGUGGCUGGGAGCUGGGGAACUGCCCUUGGAUCAAUGAUGACUGGAAAUGGCACCGCGGAACCCAUGAUGACAACAAUCAGCGCUGCGUGGACAUGUGUGCCGAUGCUGAAAGUCACAAAGGACGAAUCCAGACCUUUGGCUAUUCCAGCUACUUUUGCAUUUGCUUCGGCGGCCGGGUGCCGGAGAACCGACUUUGCGGUGACCCCCCGGGAUCCAAGUGCUGCAAGUACCCACGUUAA